AUGGAUUUACGUGUUUUUGAUGAUAUGAAUUUUUAUAUUACACCGGAUAGGUUCUUCAUCGAGCCUACCGAAUCGGAGCAAUUUGUUAUCAUCGAACGUCCUAAUGGAAUUGUAUCGUUACACACCUCAGAAAGUAAGGAACAGUUACCGAUCCACGGUUACGAGUUACGGAAAAUAUGUGGUGUGUUGGGAAUGGUUCGGUUGAUCAGCGGUUUCUAUCUGGUUGUGGUAACGCAUCGAGUUUUCAUCGGUCUUAUCAAUAACGAGCCAAUCUGGCAGAUGGCCGGAUUCGAUCUGAUACCACUCACACAAACGCUUACCCAUUUGAGUGAAGCCCAGAAGGAACAGAAUGCCAUUUAUCUAGCUAUGAUGCGCCAGGUGCUUGAUACGCCCUUCUUCUAUUUUUCGUACGGCUAUGAUCUUACUAAUACGAUGCAAAGGAUUGGCAGCAGUGCCGGUGGCGGUGAAUCUGGGGGUCUCUACAUGAAGAGUGACAAGCGUUUCAUUUGGAACAUUGGACUGCUGGAGCGGUUAUCCCAUCUGCACCGUUAUGCUCUUCCCAUCAUCCACGGAUUCGUUUCCAUCAACGAUGUGAUAAUAAACGGACAUUCGCUCAGCUGGAUACUGAUUUCACGGCGCUCGGUACAAUAUGCAGGCACGCGGUUGUUUUGCCGUGGUAUAAACGGCGAUGGUCAAGUGGCUAACUACGUCGAGACAGAGCAGAUCCUGAUCACCGGACAAGAUCGCGUGUCGUUCGUGCAAACACGAGGCAGCAUUCCGCUCUUUUGGCAACAGAACCCAACGUUGCAAUACAAACCUCGACCGCAAUUGCUAACUGGACGAGACCAUCUGAUAGCCUGUUCGCGCCACUUUGACGAGCAGUGUAAACGGUACGGUGCACAGGGUUUAAUCAACCUGAUUGAUCAUAAGGGUGCAGAGGAGGUGCUAGAGAAGGCGUACGAUGCGACGAUCUCAGCACUCGCCAACCCACUGGUGAACUACGUAUCGUUCGACUUCCAUAAGGAGUGCAAAAAGAUGCGUUACGAUCGUUUGAGUCUUUUAAUGUCGCGGAUUGCCAGUCAGCAGGACAACUUUGGCGUUUACCACACAAGCAACGCCGGACAGGUAUACUCCGUCCAGAAAGGUGUGUUUCGUACGAACUGCAUUGACUGUUUGGACCGAACGAACGUCGUACAGAGCUUAAUUGCAAAGCGUAGCCUUGAGCAAUCGUUGGAAAAAAUAGGCAUUUUUAAACUAGGCGAGAAACACAUCGAUCCUACAUCCCAGUUCGAAGCCAUCUUCAAAGCGGUUUGGGCAGAUAAUGCGGACCUCAUUUCGCUGCAAUAUUCCGGCACCGGUGCGUUGAAGACAGAUUUUACCCGAACAGGGAAGCGCACAUUUAAAGGAUUGCUUCGCGACGGUUUGAACUCCCUGACGCGCUAUGUGAAGAAUAACUUUUACGACGGCUAUCGUCAGGACAGUAUCGAGCUGCUCCUAGGGUCGUAUCGAGUGAAUGAAGGUGAAGGUUUAGAUUUUCCUUCUCCACUGACUGCCUCCGAUCCUACCGUCGACAUGAGGAAACGAAUGAUGGCGUCAAUGGUGUUGUUCGAGAUAGCGGUGUUCUUCGUCAUCCUGCUAUAUCCGACAGAGUAUAGCCUCAAAACAGGUGUUAUAUUGUUUGGUUGGGGUAUUGUAUGUCUAGUAACGGAACGAUUCUUUGCAAAGCAUCGUACCGAUUUUGUGGACUGGCCGAAACUGCUUUCAAAAAAGUAA